AUGCGCCAGCCUCGCAUGACAUUUCGUCUUUCUUCUUCCGGCAAAGAAACCUCUUAUUGGUCUGUAAACCAACACGUGAUUUGUGAAUCCACCAAUCCGGAGAAAGCUUUUUUGAAAACCGCGGUUGUUUUCAGACCAGCGAUUGGCGGACUAGAUGUGGCCUAUGCCAGAAUCGAGGGAGAUCAAAUUGUCUGUGCUGCCUACAGCCACGAACUCCCGAAAUAUGGAGUUAAAGUAGGACUAACAAACUAUGCAUCAGCCUACUGCACUGGACUUCUUCUAGCCCGAAGACUCCUGAAGAAAUUUGGAUUGGAUACGUUGUAUCAAGGAAAUUCCGAUGUCAACGGUGACGAAUAUAAUGUGGAGGAAUUGGACGAAGGUCCGGGUGCAUUUAGGUGUUACCUGGACACUGGUCUGAUGAGAACCACGACUGGUGCGCGAGUCUUCGGUGCUAUGAAGGGUGCCGUCGAUGGAGGAUUGAAUAUCCCUCACAGUACUAAGAGAUUCCCCGGCUACGACAAUGAAUCCAAAUCUUUCAAUGCUGAUGUCCAUCGGCAGCAUAUUUUUGCACAGCAUGUUGCUAAUUACAUGCGGACUUUGGAAGAAGAGGAUGAUGACGCGUUUAAACGCCAAUUCUCCAAAUACAUCCAAAAUGGCAUCACUGCCGAUAACAUUGAGGGGAUUUAUAAGAAGGCACACGAAGGAAUCCGUGCCGAUCCUGAGCAUAAAAAAGUCAAGAAAGACACCCCACCAAUUAAGAAGCGGUGGAAUCGCGCCAAACUCAAGCUGGCGGAGAGGAAGAACCGCGUCGCUCAAAAGAAGGCGUCGUUCAUCAAGAAACUCCAGGAAAGGGACGACAACUGAGUUUGAAUGCUCUUUUUUUCAACUUUGCAGCUUUUUAUCCUUGAAGGAUAGAUAUUAUGUUGUUUACUUUUUUUCAAUGUAUUUUACGUUCUUCAGGGAAAAUUGCUGUGUUGAGAGCACAAUAAACGUCAUUGAACAGCA